AUGCUUGUUAAAAUUUUGGGUUUUUUAAAUUUUAACCCUAACUCUCACAUGGCCAAGGUUAACGUGUGUAACGUAGAAGUCCUCGGUAACCCCUCCGGCUUUUUUGAUCCUUUUAAGUUUGUAAUUACAUUUGAGUGCCAUGAGCCCCUUGAGGAGGAUCUCGAGUGGAAGCUUAUUUACGUUAGCAGUGCCUAUAAUGAGUCAUUGGACCAAGUCCUUGACUCUAUCUUAGUCGGCCCAGUCCCGGUUGGUCGACAUCAAUUUAUUUUCGAAGCAGGUGCCCCUGAUCCGAAAAAGAUACCUUGUGAAGAUAUUGUCGGCGUUACCGUUGUACUGAUUCAAGCUCUUUACCGUGACAAGGAAUUCAUCCGGGUUGGUUAUUACGUUAACAAUGAAUAUAAAACAGAAGAACUUCGCAAUGAACCUCCAGCAGAACCAAUUUUGUCAGAGCACAUGAUAACUAAGUGA